AUGAGAAGACGUUUCACAAGUCAAAAGAACACAAACGCAAAAGCAGAGAUUACGGUUGGUUAUAACGUAAAUGAUGAUAAAUCACGAAUUAUUCAAAAUGUUAAAGUUAAUGUUAGCCCUGAAUUAACAAGGUCAGCAACUCAACCAAAUUUAUUAACUCGUGACUUACCAAAGAAAGAGGAGGAGCAAAAUAAAGAAGAUGAAGACCCAAUCAUUUUAUCUGAACCUGGUAAAGAACCCGUUGAAAUUCCCACUUAUCCAACAUACCCCCACCUCUUUCAUCAAACAUCGAGAACCCAGGAAUCUACGAUUCCAGUCGCAAUGCGCCAUAUAAAGUAG